ACAUCCAACAAAAGUCACUUUAGAGUACAAUAAAUAUCCAAAGAAGAAAAAGAAGAAGAGGAGGAAGAAGAAGAAGAAGAAGAAGUGGAAGAUGGGAAUAUCACAAUCACAAGAAGAGAGCAAACAAGAGAAUUCAUCAAACAGAAACCAAGUGAUAAAGAACACCAACCAUGAGUUGCUUGAACAAGAGCUUUUCAUACAAACAAGCUUGCUUGCCUUGGAGGAUCCAAAGAAGUCUUCUUUUAAACAACAAGCAAGUGAAACAGAAUCAAAGAAGAAUUCCACCAAUCAAGAAGGAAGUAGAGUAGAGCCAAAGAAGCUGACUUCCUUCAAUCAAAAUGGAAGUGGAUUAGAGCCAAAGAAGCUGACUUCCUUCAAUCAAGAUGGAAGUGGUGCAGAGCUAAAGAAGACUUCCUUUAAGCAAGAAGGAAGCAGUGGUGUAGAGCUAAAGAAGAGUACUUCUUUCAAGCAAGAAGGAAGUAGUGGUGUAGAGCUAAAGAAGAGUACUUCUUUCAAGCAAGAAGGAAAUGGACAAGAAAACAAGGCCAUGGGAGGGACUUACAAGAAGGUUCCACACAUGUUUGAAACCCUUAUAAAACAAGCAGACCCUGGAAGUUUGCCAGAGCACAUCAACUCUGGUAUCUUUUUAAACAAAAGAACAAAGAAGUAUUGGGUUGAUCAGGAAACUGGUUGUAAUUGUUUCAUGUUGUUUCCAAGGGGCUUGUCAAUUGCUUGGGCAGAAGACCGGAGAUACUGGCAAUGGUUUCAGGUGGAAGAUAUAAGAGGAACUAAUAUUGAAAUAGCAAACUUACUGAAUGUAUGCUGGUUGGAAGUGCAUGGAAAAAUCAACACAUCACUGCUCACACCAAAAACUAAGUAUGAAGUUGUAUUUGUUGUUAAAAUGGAAGAGUUGUCAUAUGGAUGGCAGACUCCAGUGAAUCUCAGGCUCUUGUUUGAGAAUGGAAUUACUCAUGAACAAAAGGUUAAGUUGCUGGAACUUCCAAGAGAUCAAAGAAAAGAGUUGAAAGUUGGUGAGAUUAUCAACAGUGGAGAGAAGGCAGAGGAAGUGGAGAUCUCUCUUUAUGAAUAUAAUGGUGGGCAGUGGAAGAGAGGGCUUGUGAUUGAAGGUGUUAUUAUCAGGCCAAAUAAGUGAUUUAUUAUUGCAGUGAGUUAAUGAAUAAAUUAAGUCAACUUUUGGGUGCUAUCUUGUUAAAGAACCUUGAUAAGAUCAGUGUAACUAGUCUUUGCUAUGUGUGUUGAUCAUUUGUUCCUGCCCAUUUUUAUAUAUACUUUUGAUA